CAACCAUUAACCACAAUAUAGUGAGCUGUAAUAAUAUGCGUUUAGAUAUAUUAUUAAUAUUUCUGCUCAAUACAGGAUGGAUCUACUAUGGACAUGCAGCGGACGUUUCACCUGGAGGGCAGCAGGUACAAAAUCCAAAGGACCCUAAAUAUCAAAAGAUGGCCGCAGAGCUUGUACACUCCUACUUACAACUAAAAAAUACUAAAAAUGUAACAGUUAAUAAAGUUACAACACAGGUGGUUGAAGGGCUCACCACUAGAAUACAAUUAAAAGUUGUCCUGGUUAAUGGAAAAUCAUCACUGUGCAAUUGUACAGUAUAUGAGAAAAAUUCGGAAAAACUAAAAUUUGUAACUUUUAAAUGCGACUCAUUUUUUACUAAUAAACUACUAAGUUCCACAGUUAAUUCUCGACCUGGUCAGGACCGGGACCCUAAAAAUCCGAAGUACAAAAAAUUAGCAAACUUCGCUAUAGGUAGUUUUUUCAACCAGCCUGGCAAAAAACCUUUUAAAAAAGAAGAUGUAAAAACAAUAUCUGUAUCAAAAGCAAAAGUAAAGAUUAAUUCCAAAAUUAUGACUGUCCUAACUAUUGAUGUCAUGACUAUUAAAAAUGUUCGGUUCAAAUGUAAAGGUGUAGUUGUAGAAACACCAUGGGAAACUAUAGAGGCGACUAAAGUUACCGACAUAGAUUGCGAUAUCAAUAAAGGAGAAACCCCAGAGGACACGCAACUUCCUGAAUCGCAAUCACCACAGGCAGAAAAUCCAGACGAAACACAACUUACCGACUCGGAACCACCAAAAGAAGAAAGUCUAGAUGAGACACAACUUCCAAAACAGGGACAAUCUCAAGAUGAAGAUGAGACCGCCGCGAUUGUUGCCCCGUCGAAUAAAAUUAAAACAGGUGGCGAACAACUUCAAAAUCCUAGUAGUAGUAAGUACCUACACUUAGCGGAAGAAUCUUUCAAAAGGUAUACACAGAAACACCAUCAUCGACCUUUGUCGGCUGAUUAUUUUGUAGUGACCAAAGUGACCACUCAAGUUGUUGCGGGAUUAAUUACUAGACUCGAUUUCAAGGCAGUUAUAAAGAUAGGACACUCGUUACAAUGCCAUUCAGAGAUUUUUGAACCGCCUGGACAAAAUUCUCGAGAUAUAAAGGUUAACUGUUUGGAUAUACCAGGUGGCGAAAUAAGUGAAAAUCCCAGUAAUCCAGAAUAUAAACAAUUAGCCAAAGAAUCAUUUGAAAAGUAUCUAACAUCUCGUAAUAUACGCAAAUUUAAAGUGAAAGAACUAAGAGUCACUCGGGUAACAACCCAAGUAGUUUCGGGAGUCAUCUAUCGGAUCAACUUCAAGGCGAUUCCAACCAAGGGCAACCCUUUAGAAUGUAAUUCUGAGAUUUUUGACCAACCAUGGCGACACUACAAAAAUAUAGAAGUGAAAUGUAUACCACCACGUUCUGCUAUUAAGUUAUCUGCAAGCAGUGGUAUGCUCGAUGGCAAAACGAAACAAAAUCCUAGUGAUCCAAAGUACAAACGAUUAGCAAAAGAAUCAUUUAAAAAGUAUGUUACGUCUCAUAAUAUACGCAACUUUAUAGUGAAAGAACUAAGAGUCAGUCAGGUAACAACCCAAGAAGUUUCGGGAGUCCUUUAUCAAGUCGAUUUCAAGGCAAUUCCAACCAAGGGCAACGCUUUAGUAUGUCAUUCUGAGAUUUUGGAUCAACCAUGGCGCAAGUACAAAAAUAUAGUAGUGAAAUGUAUACCAACACUUUCUGCUACUAAGUUAUCUGCGAGCAGCGAUAGUGCUUUGGAUGGUGGCGAAAUGGAGCAAAAUCCCAGUGAUCCAGAGUUUAAACGAUUAGCAGAAGAAUCAUUCAAAAAGUAUAAAACGUCUAAUAAACUCAAAUUUAUAGUAAAAGAACUUAGGGUCACUAAAGCAACAUCCCAAGUAGUUUCAGGAAUCAUUUUUCGAAUCGAUUUCAUGGCGAUCCCAACCAAAGGCGUCGGUCUACUAUGUCAUUCUGAGAUUUUGGAUCAACCAUGGCUAAACAAUAAAAAUAUAGACGUGACAUGUAUGUCACCAUCUAAUACUAAGUUAUCUGCAAGCAGUAUGAAAGCAGGUGCCGAUCUGUUAUCUGCAAGUAGUGGUAUGCCCGGUGGCCAAACGGAACAAGAUCCCAGUGAUCCAGAGUACAAACGAUUGGCAGAAGAAUCAUUCAAAAAGUAUAAAAUGACUAAUAGAUAUAUAGGCAACUUUAUAGUGAAAGAAAUAAGGGUCACUAAAGUAACAACCCAAGUAGUUUCGGGAGUUCUUUAUCGAAUCGAUUUCAUGGCGAUCCCAACCAAAGGCAUCGGUGCACUAUGUCAUUCUGAGAUUUUGGAUCAACCAUGGCUUAACAAUAAAAAUAUAGACGUGACAUGUAUGUCACCAUCUAAUACUAAAUUAUCUGCAAGCAGUAUGAAAGUAGGCGCCAAUCUGUUAUCUGCAAAUAGUGGUAUGCCCGGUGGCCAAAACCAACAAAAUCCUAGUGAUUCAAAGUACAAUCGAUUAGCAAAAGAAUCAUUUAAAAAAUAUCUAACGUCUCAUAAUAUACGUAACUUUAAAGUGAAAGAAUUAAGAGUCAGUAAGGUAACAACACAAGUCGUUUCAGGAGUUAUUUAUCGGCUCGAUUUCAAAGCAAUUCCAACCAAGGGUAACGCUUUAGAAUGUCAUUCUGAGGUUUUGGAUCAACCAUGGAGGAACUAUAAAAAUAUAGUAGUGAAAUGUACACCACCACUUUCUGCUACUAAGUUAUCUGCGAGCAGCGAUAGUGCUUUGGAUGGUGGUGAAAUGGAUCAAAAUCCCAGUGAUCCAGAGUUUGAACGAUUAGCAGAAGAAUCAUUCAAAAAGUAUAAAACGUCUAAUAAACUCAAAUUUAUAGUAAAAGAACUUAGGGUCACUAAAGCAACAACCCAAGUAGUUUCAGGAGUCAUUUUUCGAAUCGAUUUCAUGGCGAUCCCAACCAAAGGCGUCGGUCUACUAUGUCAUUCUGAGAUUUUGGAUCAACCAUGGUUAAACAAUAAAAAUAUAGACGUGACAUGUAUGUCACCAUCUAAUACUAAGCUAUCUGCAAGCAGUAUGAAAGCACGCGCCGAUCUGUUAUCUGCAAGUAGUGGUAUGCCCGGUGGCCAAACGGAACAAGAUCCCAGUGAUCCAGAGUACAAACGAUUGGCAGAAGAAUCAUUCAAAAAGUAUAAAAUGACUAAUAGAUAUAUAGGCAACUUUAUAGUGAAAGAAAUUAGGGUCACUAAAGUAACAACCCAAGUAGUUUCGGGAGUUCUUUAUCGAAUCGAUUUCAUGGCGAUCCCAACCAAAGGCGUCGGUGCACUAUGUCAUUCUGACAUUUUGGAUCAACCAUGGCUAAAUAAUAAAAAUAUAGACGUGACAUGUAUGUCACCAUCUAAUACUAAGUUAUCUGCAAGCAGUAUGAAAAUAGGCGGUGAAAAAAAUCAAGAUCCCAGUGAUGCACAGUACAAACGAUUAGCAAAAGUAUCAUUUAAAAAGUAUGUAACGUCUCAUAAUAUACGCAACUUUAUAGUGAAAGAAUUAAGAGUCAGCAAGGUAACAACCCAAGAAGUUUCAGGAGUUCUUUAUCGAAUCGAUUUCAUGGCGAUCCCAACUAAAGGCGUCGGUCUACUAUGUCAUUCUGAGAUUUGGGAUCAACCAUGGCUAAACAAUAAAAAUAUAGAAGUGAGAUGCAAGUCACAAUCUAAAAGUAAGUUAUCUGCAAGUAGUAUGAAAAUAGGCGGUGAAAAAAAUAAAGAUCCCAGUGAUGCACAAUACAAACGAUUAGCAAAAGAAUCAUUUAAAAAAUAUCUAACGUCUCAUAAUAUACGCAAGUUUAUAGUGAAAGAAUUAAGAGUCAGCAAGGUAACAACCCAAGAAGUUUCAGGAGUUCUUUAUCGAAUCGAUUUCAUGGCGAUCCCAACUAAAGGCGUCGGUCUAUUAUGUCAUUCUGAGAUUUGGGAUCAACCAUGGCUAAACAAUAAAAAUAUAGAAGUGAGAUGCAAGUCACAAUCUAAAAGUAAGUUAUCUGCAAGCAGUAUGAAAAUAGGCGGUGAAAAAAAUCAAGAUCCUAGUGAUGCACAGUACAAACGGUUAGCAAAAGAAUCAUUUAAAAAGUAUCUAACGUCUCAUAAUAUACGCAACUUUAUAAUGAAAGAAUUAAGAGUCAGCAAGGUAACAACCCAAGAAGUUUCAGGAGUUCUUUAUCGAAUCGAUUUCAUGGCGAUCCCAACUAAAGGCGUCGGUCUAUUAUGUCAUUCUGAGAUUUGGGAUCAACCAUGGCUAAACAAUAAAAAUAUAGAAGUGAGAUGCAAGUCACAAUCUAAAAGUAAGUUAUCUGCAAGCAGUAUGAAAAUAGGCGGUGAAAAAAAUCAAGAUCCCAGUGAUGCACAGUACAAACGGUUAGCAAAAGAAUCAUUUAAAAAGUAUCUAACGUCUCAUAAUAUACGCAACUUUGUAGUGAAAGAACUAAGAGUCAGUAAGGUAACAACUCAAGAAGUUUCGGGAGUCAUUUAUCGGAUCGAUUUCCAGGCGAUUCCAACCAAGGGCAACGCUUUAGUAUGUCAUUCUGAGAUUUUGGAUCAAGCAUGGCGGAACUAUAAAAAUAUAGUAGUGAAAUGUAUUCCACCACUUUCUGCUACCUACUAAGUUGUCUGCAAGCAGUGGUAUGCCUGGUGGCAAAACGCAACAAAAUCCUAGCGAUCCAAAGUACAAACGAUUAGCAAAAAUAGCAUUUGAACAGUAUCUAACGGAUCAUAAUAUACGCAACUUUAAAGUAAAGGAAGUAAUAGUCAGUAAGGUAGCAACCCAAAUAGCUUCGGAAGUCAUUUAUUGGGUCGAUUUUAAGGCAAUUCCAAACAAGGGCAACGCUUUAGAAUGUCAUUCUGAGAUUUUGGAUAAAAAUGGCGCCGGAAUUAUACUAUAAUAGUGAAAUGUAAACCAUCACGAUCUAAUACUAAGUUUCACGGCGACCUCAACUAACGGCCACAAUUUAAUAUGUUCAGCUCGGAUUUUGGAGAAAUCAAGGCGAAAUAUCCAAAUACAGACACUCGCUUCUUUUCCUCCUGACACUAAGGCUAUCUCAGACUGCUAGCAACCCUAGAACUAUAGGAGAUGAGAUAGCUUAAUAGAUGAAGCAGUUAUCGAAUAUUUUAAUAAUAAGCAAUUGACAGUAAAGCGCAUUAAAGUAUCAUUAAUAGCAUAGGUAAAAAAACACAAACAGUAGGAGGUAACAAAAACAAAACACAGAUAACAUAGACGUGAAUACGACCACACUAUUACUGACCCUUAAAUGUGCAUCCCGAAAUAAUUGGAUUGAUCCGGCCCCCAUAGACAUAAACUGUAUUUUUAAUCAUAAAAGUUCCAAUUUUGGUUGGUUUCAACGUGAGUGGGUGAAUCCUGCUCGUUCAGAGUCCAAGCAUUAAAUUAUGACAUUUAUGACCGAAAAAACUCUUAUCCAAUUUAUUAAAUCAUCAAAAAAUAGGAUUGACCUGAGAGGAAAAACUGACGCAAGAAUUACUUUCGGAUCCACUAAGUAAGUGCAGGAAUUGGUAAAACUUGUCGCUCGACCGCUAAAAUUAUAGAUUUGAAAGGAUUGAACUGCUACACAAAAAUUGUGGAACCCUUGGAACACAAAAAAACAAUUCAAAGAAGAAAAAUAUAAAUGAAAUUAUUUAAAAAAAUAUACUGCAUAGGUACGAGUAAAAAAAAAACAGUAUAAAUGAUAUUAACAGUAGUCUUUACAUAAAUGAUUUACUGGUUGAUGAUGAUGUUUAUCUGCCCUGAGAAAUGUAUACAGAUUCUUAUCUAUAUAUUUGCACCUGUAGGUAAAGGUUUAGAAAUCUAACGAUUUGAUUUUGCUUGAAUACAUAAUGUGAAUAAUUAUAAAUAAUAAUAUUUAAUUAUACAUUCAUAUUGUGACAAUUUUUCGAUGAUGUUCCAACAUAGCAAGUAAGUACUAAACUUGUCAUCAUUAUCGCUUUGUACCAAAUAAGAAGCUUUUGAAAUAAAUAAAGAGUUACAAUUGAACCUG